AUUACUAUAAUUGUAGUGUAGUUGGACUUCACCUUAUCACUAUCACCAAGAGUACAUAACUCUUGCUAUCACUAGUAUCAGCUGCUUGGACGAGAAGAACUCUCCAACGCUCCGCCGCUGUCCACAGCUACAUUGUAGUACAUGUGCACGUGUAGCUCGCGGAGUGAAGAAGAGAAGAUUCUGCCUGGAAUUUCCGGAAGUAACUACAGCACAUGUAACAGUACUAGAUAGUUGUGUAUUUUACUGUCAAGAACCACAGAGUAUAAUGAUUAUGUAAAAAAACCUUUCUCCCCAGUUCGACUAUCAAAACCAGGCACUAUGGAUCUGCUGGAAAUGGUCGCGAAGCUGCUCGACCUAGAGUUGUUGAAAGCUUGCUGCGAAAGUGUUCUUUCAGACAUUAUACUAUUGGUAUCCAAUCUUGACACGGAAAUGUCGGAUGUGCAACUGAUCGCCUACACAACUGCCAUCGUUUUGUUGGUUACGCAGCUUUGGUCGUUCCUGCGGCAAGAUAAGUCCUUGUGGGUUAGAGCGAAGGACUGUGUGUUCGCUACUGUUCGUGUGGCACCGGUUGUCGGCCCAAUGAUAGAACGAAAAUUGGCCAAGGUGGUGAAACAGGUCGGCGAUGAUGACGUUUUUCAGCCUAAACCUGGCGAGGUGUUCACGAACUCUCUGCCUGAGAAGGGUCUGUCCACGGUUGAAGUGCUUGAGCGAGUGGACAGCAUGGAGAAGAUGCUAGCCGGGACUGAUUGGCGUGAGGGUCGCGUCUCCGGUGUUGUGUAUUUUGACUCGGAUGAGCUGCAUGACAUGCUGGUAAAGGUGUACUCGUUGUUCGCCUGGUCCAAUCCACUCCAUCCAGACGUUUUCCCUAGCGUACGUAAGAUGGAAGGCGAGGCAGUGCGCAUGAUAGUCAACUUGUACCACGGUGGCGCAGAGGCAUGUGGGUGUGUAACAUCAGGUGGUACAGAAAGCAUCAUCAUGGCUUGCCGGGCGUACAGACAAUUGGCCAACGAGCGUGGUAUAACCAAGCCGGAAAUUGUUGCACCGAUCAGCGUACAUUCUGCGUUUGACAAGGCAUGCGACUACUUUCACAUGAAGCUUGUGCACGUUCCAGUUGACAGUGACACGCGGAUGGUCAACAUGAAGGCAAUGCGCCGUGCAAUCACGUCGAACACCAUCCUACUUGUAGGCUCGGCUCCUCAGUAUCCACAUGGUAUUAUUGAUGACAUUGAGAGCAUUGCUUCACUUGGUGUGCAGUAUAGUAUUGGAGUGCACGUUGAUGCCUGCCUUGGUGGAUUCCUAGUACCGUUCCUGGAAGAAGCCGGAUUUGGUCCCGUUGCACCCUUCGACUUUCGUGUUCCGGGAGUCACAAGCAUUUCAGUUGACACGCAUAAGUAUGGUUUUGCACCGAAAGGCUCAUCAAUUAUAAUGUAUUCUAGUGAAGAGUUGCGUCACCGGCAGUACUUUGUAGCACCAGAUUGGCAGGGUGGAAUUUAUGCCUCCCCUUCCGUUGCUGGCAGUCGAUCCGGUGGUAUAAUUGCAGCCUGCUGGGCAGCCAUGAUGUUCAUGGGUCACCACGGUUACGUUGAGAGCACCAAGAGAAUAUGCACAGUAGCCAGGGACAUAGAGAAGGCAGCACGUCAGAUCCCAGGCUUGUUUGUGUAUGGUCAACCACAGGUAUCGGUGGUAGCCUUCGGCUCUGACAACUUUGAUAUCUAUCGUCUUGGAGCAGCAUUGUCUAAGCGUGGCUGGAACAUCAACAGCCUGCAGUUCCCGUCUGCCAUCCACAUAUGCUGCACACUGCGACAUACUCGCGAAGGUGUUACCGAAGCAUUCAUCAGUGACCUGAAAGAGUGCUGUGCAGAGAUCAUGAACGAGCCAAUGGCCAAAAGCACAGGCGCAGCGGCAAUCUACGGCAUGGCGCAGACUGUGCCCGAUCGCUCGGUAGUCAAGGAGAUUGCGUGGGCGUACCUGGAUGCAUGUCUCCAUACACGGCAUGAGCACUCUGUGAGUUCUUCUUCCAGCGGGCAAGCAAAUAGUCAAUGAGAUUUGGUGCGAAAACUAACCGAACUGAAAGCCAAUAUAUGACACUCUCUGUCCACUACUGUUGACUGAGUUCUCAAUCUGACAGGGCAGAACCGUGAAUGCCUUCUCCUUGUAAGCAGUCCGUGUUGUACUUCAAGUACAGUAGAAUCUAUGAUGCAGCAUCACGGUGUCUCUUUCCCGGCAGAGUCGGCGAGAAACGUUAUUUUUCUCUUUGCGUUCCUUCUUUUGAGCAAGUUUAUGCGGUGCGGUGGCAUGGCUAGGUUUUUGCUGAUUCAUUGCUGCUUGCAUAUUGCUGGUGCAUACAUUAUACAAGUAUCACAACAUGCAUCUACCAGUAGUUUUCUACAAUUAUUUUUACAUAAUACCAAUCAAUGAUAAAAAUGGUACUAAUAGUACUUCAUGAAAAGCCAUGAGCCUCUCGGUGCUUCGAGUUUGCAUCUGUACUCGCACAAAUCGAGGAAACCCAGGCGUGCUACUGCGAGAGGUUGUCAACUUUGGUGCAUGGAUGCAGCCGUAACAGGGUAUGCUGCAGGCAAGUUACGUAGUGAAGGCAUCACCCCGCACACUGACCUAUCCACACGGUUGCAUAGUCCUGGUAGUGGAGUCUUGAUGCAAGCCAUGAUAUGCUUGAUCAACUUGGUGUUUAUGUCACUGGCUGGGAAGUGCUACAUAACUGUGCACUGUCUGUGUACAGGUUGACAAUGA